CGGAAGCCGAAAGGGGACAGCCUGUGACUUCUGUAGUAAGUACAGCUACUGUCACUCCACCAGCAAUGCAUUUAGCUAAAAUCUGUAGUAUUAUUAGUUUUCAUCCGUGAAAGGCAAGCGACAAUCUCCCCUGAUGUUGACUGGAUGUAGAAACCUCUCUUGGACAUUUUUCUCGCUCACCAGUAGAAGACUUUGGACUAGACGGAGUUUUAACUCACGAGCUGCUCUCUGCUCUUCAACGCUUUCAUCUGUCCUUCGAUCUCCCCUUUCAUCAACUCACAGUCAUCACUUCCUGACUAGCAGACAAAUCUCAGCACACAUUCCUGCAUCUGUUAAUUUCUCUUCAGCGCAUUCAGCUCGUUCCUUCGGCCUGAUGGAGUUAAAGGAAGUUCUGCAGGUUUUAGAGCAGCUUGCUCCACUGUCACUUGCUGAGUCAUGGGAUAAUGUUGGUUUGCUGGUUGAGCCGAGCAAACCUCGGCCCGUUAAGACCAUUCUGCUAACCAAUGACCUCACAGACGCCGUCAUGGAGGAAGCAGUUGCUGUGGGCUGUGACCUCAUAAUUUCGUAUCACCCGCCUUUGUUUCGGCCAAUCAAGCGUCUGGUUCAGAAAGACUGGAAGCAGCGACUGGCCAUCCGGGCUGUGGAGGCCGGGAUAGCAGUCUUUUCCCCUCACACUUCGUGGGAUUGCGUAAAAGGAGGAGUGAAUGACUGGCUGGUCGGAGGACUUGGCAGCGGUCAGGUGUCGGUGUUGAGUCAGGCACUCGGUGGCGCCUCCCACAGUCACAAACUGGAAUUCAUGGUCAGCAAUGCAGAGGAACUACACAUUAUAAUGGAGGAACUGAAGGCUUGUGAUGGUGGAACGAUCCUACAGCAUUCAGGCAGCAGACCAGACAGCAGUGGUAUCCGUGCCAGCAUUACAUGUUGUGACUCCGCACUGACCCCGAGUGUCCAGGCUCUGUUAGGACAUAGUGCUCCCAGCCAGUCUCUCAACAUCGUAAAGUUAGAGCAGCCCCCUCUUCUGGGCCAUGGCCAAGGGCGACUCAGCGUUUUGGACCAGCCAGUGACUGUGGGAACAGCCGUGCAGAAAAUGAAGUCCCACUUGGGUUUGAGUUACCUCCGUUUGGCUCUGGGAUCAGGGCAGACGCUGGAGUCCUCUGUGUGCACUGUGGCUGUGUGUGCUGGGUCAGGAGCCUCAGUACUAAAUGGAGUCAAGGCGGAUCUCUACGUCACUGGAGAGAUGUCCCACCAUGAAGUGGUGGAUGCCGUGGCGAAAGGAACCAGCGUGAUCCUCAGCGACCACAGCAACAGCGAGCGAGGUUACCUGGCUGUGUUCAGGGAGCGACUCGCUGUGCGUCUUCCCGAUAGUGUAACAGUGGUCCAAUCGAAGGCUGACCGAGACCCUCUGGAGGUCGUCUGACUGACUCUGAUUUGAAGUUGCAAUAAUUGGCGUGUGUGACGACUUUUCACCAUUUUAAUUACAUGAUCCAAACUGAUAUGUGUGACAUGUUGACAAAAAUACCAAUUUUUACUUUAUGUAAGGCUGUCUACUGGCUGUAAAAUGGUAGCAUAGUAUUUAUAAAAAAGAAAAAAAACAAGUGGUGCCUGAUACUUUGAUGUAAAGUGUUUUAUUGAUAUACAUUGUGGCACUUAUCAUGUGUCUCUGGAAGGGUCUU